AUGCCAGAAAACAAUGUCACAUUGGCAUCGAACGUCCUCGGUACCAUCGGGACAGUUCUCUGGUGUAUCCAGCUAUUACCACAGAUCUGGUAUAACUGGCGGCGUAAAAACACAGAUGGAUUCCCCGCGGCGAUGAUGUUUCUCUGGGCGAGCUGCUCGGUUCCAAUGGGCGCAUAUCUGAUUCUGCAACAAGUCAAUGUCCCGUUGCAGGUUCAACCUCAGAUCUUCGGGUUUUUUUCUCUUGUUAGUUGGGGUCAGGUUCUUUAUUACAACCAUGACUAUAGCAAAACCAAGGCUGCCCUGGUAUCCCUGGGAACGGUUAUUUUAUUUGGGGGAUUGGAAGCUCUUCUCAUCUUGACUUUGAGGAUACCGUAUAAUAACGGUGUGAAGUGGCCCGACAUCGUGGUUGGGGUUAUAGCCACCAUUCUCCUUGUUGCAGGACUGCUGCCGCCGUAUUUUGAAUUAUGGAAGCGAGAUGGACGGGUGAUUGGCUUCACACUUGACGGACAGCUGCUGAUGUUAGUAGAUUGGGUCUUCCUCUCCAUCGACACCCUAGGCGGAGUAUUUUCUCUCUUUGCAUUAGCGGCACAAGGUUCAUUUGACAUAAUUGGGGGAGUUAUGUAUGUUUUGGUGGUCGUUCUCGAGGCAGGGAUAUAUAUUAGCCAUAUUUCCUGGCGAAUCCGCUAUCGCAAGUUGCGCAAGGAAGCAAAAGAUUCAGGAAAAAGUAUUGAUGAUUUGCUUUUGCUAAGGAAGAGCGAUAUGCAAGAAACAGAGGAUAUGGAAAAGGGCAUUCUUCCUGCUGCUCCUGGGGUUGUUAGUCCAAGGCAAACUGAACGAACAUCAACGCCUGAUAUGGAACGACAUAAUGCGAUUGAAAAGUGUUGA